AGAUGAGCAAGGGAAGCAAAGGCACACAUUUAGUUUUUUUUUUUUUUUGCUCUCCACUAAUAGCUCCUUUUUUAAAUAAUACCAUACAACAUCACUACAGAGUACAGACAGAAAGACGCUGUUAGUGUAUCUAGGGAAUCUAUAUAUCUCUGUCUCAAACCAAUGGAUUAUUACAACGUAGCAGUGCUCAUAAAGCAACCAUUGAAACAUUUUAAAUCAGGGAGAGUCAAAAUAGGCUACUUUGUCUGUCAUUUAACUUGCAAUUGAACAAAGUAAUAAAGAACAGUCUAGAAACUCUGCUGAAGAAGGUUUAAACCAGUCUACAAUACUAGUUUUAGCCAGUCACACUCACAGCUUAGUGAAGCUGGUCUGUUGGGUGGUUUUAGAGGUGUACUUUUCAGGGAGACCUGCUAAGGCUGUUUUUAGCAGGGAAGACACAAGACAUUGUAUUAUUUUUGUAUUUCUUCGUCAAACUUGCUAUUGGAUUCGUUUAUUUAAUUCAAAAACAAAAGUAUUCAUUUAUUAUUAUCCCAAAGGAGUGUUUAGUUUGUGAUCAACAGCGCCAUCUGCUGAUUCAAACUAUAUGAUAAGAGUGCACAAUGUGACUGCGUGAGUUCAGGCAGACAUGGCGUUGAGAGGACUGAGCGCCUGUGCUCGUAUUAUACUGACCGAUGCGUCCAGAGCAGCAGUAGGAGCCCUGCAGUCAGACUGUUUAAGAUGUCGACAUGGAGCCAAACGUCAUCUCUUGUCUGAAGAUGUGGUGAAGCUGCAGGAUUUUCAGCAGAAGAAAAUUGCUGUUGCCCACAGAGUCUCCGGAUCAAAAGAUUAUUAUUUUGAUACAAUACAUCAGAAAAUAGAGAAAAAUGAGCUAAUUUUAAAGGAGGAAUUGAAAAUACUUCUGCAUUUAUGCCAGUCUGCUGAAGAUGUUAUUAUGGCAAGAGAUGCCAUUUACAGGUACCAUAAAGAGAAUCGUAACAUGGCAUUUGGGGAAUUCAAGUUUGGCCCUCUUUUCAUGAGGUUAUGCUAUGAGCUGGGUUUAGAGGAGUUGGCAACCACAACUCUGACAGAUCCAGCUCUCAAAGGAUUUUUUCCAGACUCGACAUCCUUUAAUAUUGCCAUUGACAUGCUUUUCACUAAACAAUGCUAUGAAAGUUGCCUGGACGUGGUGGGAGAAAUGAAAAAACAAGGAGUGCCGUUCAACAAGGACACCUUCAUACUAGCCUUUGCUACUUGUUAUAAACUGAACACCUCAAAGUCAUAUCAUAUCUGUUUGACCUUGUUGGAAGAAGGUCAGACAAAAGGCAAUCUCAUCCCUCGACAUGCCUAUUGCUUUGCAACUGCUCUUGCUCUCAAACAGAAUGAUAUAGAGAGAGCCCAGAUAUUCUACUCACAGAUCAUGAGCACGGACAGUCGGCUAUGUCUGAACCUGAGAGUUCUCAUAUUGGCAAUGAAAGGGUCCAUGAAAGAGGCAAUCUCUGCCCUCACAACAGCCCAAGUGUCAAAGACUCCAGUGUUUGUGAAGAAAACAGAGUUCUCUCAGGAAGUGGUUAAUGAAUUGAGGAAGAAGAGUGCUGAUGGGCUGUGGGAGGGACAUGUGGAGCAGGUGCUGAGACAGUUAGAGGAGGCCGGUCAGAUCACCAAAAAGACCCUUGAUGAUUUCUUGUGUCAAACUCCCUCUAGGAAGAGGAGGCCUCUGGGAAUAUUGGAGCAAGAAAGAAACAGCCGAAGGACUUUUAAACAUCUGCAGUCUGCACUACUGUUAGAGUGAAUCCAGCGAGAGUUCAAGACUCUCAGCUUUGUCGUAUUAUAUUACAAGAGUAAAGGUGUAUCCUUGAUCUGCACACACCGAAGACACAGCCCAUUCAUGCUCAGGCUUUGGCAUCAUAUACCUCCUGCUGUUUUAAGCCAGUUACUGUUGUUUUGAGUUGUUGAAAUCAAGUAAGGAAUUGAAUCACUUUAAUAAAGUCAUGUUCCUCUAA